AUGCAUAAUAGUCUGGUCAGGCUGAAGGCCUCGGUGUUCGGCAAUAAUCUUACAGAAGCCUCUCACGCAAUCGACCCAUGCCUGCACGAUAUUCUGGAUCAAUACGACCACUCCCAGAUGACGGUUUUCACAAGGCUGAUGGAAAUGCUGCUGGACACAGAUAUAUCCGACAAGGCAUCAAAGGCACUGAAGAUCGUCGACUUGGUAAAGUUCCCCAUCAAAAAGGCCAUGGAAUGA